UUUCAGUCUCCAACCACUACCACCGGCCGCUAUCCCCAUCCACGAUGACCGGGUUAGCACGCAAAUAUGAAAUCAACGCCGACAUGGGCGAAGGCUUCGGCCGCUGGAAGAUGGGCCCCGACGCAGAACUGAUGCCGUUCAUCGACGCCGCCAACAUCGCCUGCGGCUUCCACGCCGGCGACCCAACCAUCAUGCUCAAGACCAUCCGGCUGUGCAAGCAGCACGGGGUGCGGGCCGGGGCGCACCCGGGCCAGCAGGAUCUGUUCGGGUUCGGCCGCCGCAAGAUCGAGGUCGACCCGGGGGACAUGUACGCCGCGGUGCUGUACCAGGUCGGGGCGCUGAAGGCGAUGCUGGACGCGGAGGGCUUGGCCCUCGCCCACAUCAAGCCGCACGGCGACCUGUUCUUCUACAUGCAGCGCGACGAGGACAUCAUGCGCGCGGUGCUGGAGGCCUGCGCCACCUUCCGGGUGCCCGUGUACGGCUCCCAGAAUGCUAAGCAGGCGGCAAUGUGCAGGGCGCUGGGCGUGCCGUUCCAGGGCGAGAUGUAUGUGGAUAUCGACUACUCGGCUGAUGGGCGGCUGCUGCCGGUCGCGCAGUCCCGCGUUCCGACGCCGGAGCUGUGCUACGAGCGGGCGCGGUCCGCUGCGUUGACGCAUGUCGGCAGGGACAUCGAGGGGAGUGAGUUUCGGUUGGGGUUCGAGGGCACCCCGUUUAGUAUCUGUGUGCAUUCGGAUCUGCCGACCGUGUUGGAGAAUGUGGCGGGCGUGCGCAGGGCCGUCGAUGAGGCUAACCGGCUGCGGUUCCCGCAGGAGGCCGGGGUUGAGGAUUCUUGAUUUGAGGGCAGUACGUCGCAGAAUGCUCCACCUUUCUAGGGGAAAGAGUAGUCAUCGAGAAAGGUGAGGGUCGUGGGGUUGUCAACCGUCAAUUGGAUGCGGGUGAGGGGUUGCUAUCAGAUUGGAAGUGAUUGCUAUGGUGACAGUUAUACAUCUCCCGCACUCUCUAGCCUCUUGUAAGUUCGGGACACAAAAGACAAUC